AUGGUCGAGACGCACGGAGGUUUCAAACCUUUCGAGGUCACCCCUGUUCACAUCGUCUAUGUCGGGCUUGGCCUCUUCAUCUGCAUCUUUUCCUACCUCUCCCUCUUCAUCAAAGAGCGCCUCUACCUCGGCGAAGCUCCCAUCGCGGCUGCAUUCGGUAUCAUUGUCGGUCCCGUCGCCAUCGGUCUCUUUAAUCCCUCAAAGUGGGGAGGCGAAGAUGGCAUCACUCCCGGAGGCGUCCACACCGACGAGAUCACCCUCGAGAUCAUGCGCGUCACCAUCGCUCUCUCCGUCUUUGCCAUCGGUGUCGAGCUACCCAAAAAGUAUCUUUUGCGUCACUGGAAGUCCAUCGCCAUUCUCCUCGGUCCCGUCAUGGCUUGGGGCUGGCUCAUCACCGCUUGCUUCAUCUAUGCGCUCGUUCCCGGUCUCGACUUUCUCAACUCGCUCGUCGUCGCCGCCUGCGUAUCCCCCACCGAUCCUAUCUUGGCUCAAGCCGUCGUCGGUGGUCCAUGGGCCGAGAAACACGUCCCCGCCCACGUUCGUCACAUGCUCAUGUGCGAGUCCGGAUGCAACGACGGUGCCGCUUUUCCCUUCCUCUACCUCGCCCUCUACCUCACACAGAAUCGCGACAACACGGGCUAUGCAGUUGGUAAAUGGUUCUACGAGACUUGGGCCUACGAGAUCAUCCUCGGUACUAUCCUCGGUGCUUUGAUCGGCUACCUCGCUCGCAAGUUCCUGCGCUUCUCCGAACGCAACAAGCUCAUCGAUCGUGAAUCUUUCGUCGCCCAAUACAUCUCACUCGCCAUCGCCAGUAUGGGUGUCAACGUCUUGCUCGGCUCAGACGACCUCCUCGCCGCUUUCGCAUGUGGUACCGCAUUCGCCUGGGACGGUUGGUUCACAAAACAGACCGAAGACUCCAACUUUUCCAACAUUGUCGAUCUGCUGUUCAACAUUGCCACCUUCAUCUACAUUGGCGCUCUCAUCCCGUGGCACGACUUUGUUGACGCCGAAAUCGGUCUCUCCUUAUGGAGGCUCAUCGUUCUCAGCAUCUGUGUGCUGCUCACAAAGCGCAUCCCCAUCAUCUUGGCCCUCUGGAAAUUCAUUCCAGACAUCAAGACCUUCCGAGAAGCCAUCUUCUGCGGUCACUUCGGCCCCAUCGGCGUCGGUGCCAUCUUCAUCGCAACACUGGGUCGUACACUCAUGCCAGAAGAGGUUGCUGAGCCGCCACAGACCAGCAACGACGUGCUGGCACUCACUAUCCAACCCAUUGUCUUCUUCUUUGUCCUCUGCUCCAUUAUCGUCCAUGGCUUCACGAUUCCAUUUUUUGCUUUCGGCAAGAACGCACGUCGACGAGCUCACACUUUGACGCGCACGUGGAGUCGCAACCCUUCCAUGCGAGACGACGAGCCCAGCUGGAUGAAUCGCGUUCGUCGCGUCAAGACGGGCGACGACAUCGUCAUCAACUACGACGACAUCAGCGCCGACAAGAUGUCGGCUCAGCAACUCGCACUCAUCGGACGCGGCGCCAUCGGCGGCUAUCGCGAGGACGAGCUUCGUAGAGAGGAUAGCAACGACGAAAAUUCGGCCACAGCCGCAGCCGAUUCCGCCACUAGCAGUCAAGAUAGAGACCCUGGCUUCGUCGGCCUGCUCAACACGCGCACAGAGCGAGAUCUUGAAAAGGCCGAAGGUAGCCUUGCUGGUGAUUGGAACGAAAAGCAUGGCGACGACGAUGCCGAUGCAAAGCACAGUCCCCAGAGCAAGGCAGCACAAAGAAGGCGGCGCUGCAGCGACAUUGACGGCAUCGAAGACUGGGAGGGCAGCGAUGAGGACUCGAACCCUGCCGCCGACUAUCUCGGAGACGACUGUGUCGAGAUGCGUCGAUACCGCGAAAGGAUGCGUGCCAAGAAGGAAGAGAGGCAGGCUCGCGAAAGGAGCAAAAGACAGUCCAUCGAAGAGCAGGAGAGACAGCGUGCGUCCAAAGAGGAGCAGGACCUCGGCGAGGCACCCAUGGACCGCGAUAUCAUCUGCGGCCGUGUCACAGCCGAUGACGAGGAUGAGGCCUGUCGAGAGGACCGCGAGGGCCAAGCGCACUUGCAUCACGAACACGGCGGUACCACCACCGAGAAGACCGACAAGGACUGGCCAAAGGUACGCAGCUGGGUCGAAGGUCACAAUCUCGUGCUCGAGAACCAGAAGAGCUACUCGGACGAUCCGGAGGUGGAGGUCAUCCCUCUCACCGACAGCGAGCGAGACGCACUCGAAGCGUCAGAGACACCUGCCCAAGACUGGGUGCGUCAGAAUCAGGACGAGCUUGCUUGCUUCUUGGGGCACGACGAGCACACCUCUUGGACCUCUUCCGAGACCAUUUCGAGGCUGCUCGAGAACAAGGUGCACAAAUGGUGGCCGACCAAGAACAAGAAGCACUACGUCAAAGCGGAAGCACCCAAGGAGGAGACAGCGCAGGAACGCGAGGAUCGCCUCAAUUUGAUGUACGGUGCCAUGUCGUGGGCUCAGGAUCGUCGAGGCCCGAAGAAGCAACAAGAUUCGUCGACGAGGGCGUGGCGAGCUGGUGCGGCAGAGACCGAAGGCGAAGAUGGUCGAGAACGGGACACAAACACCGAUGUCGAUCAUGCACCCGCUGUGAUCAGUGCGGCUCACAGCGAAAACGCAGGUGGUCGUCCUGCCGGUCCACAGGAUUCGUCCGUGCCGGAAGGCAGCACCAGCGCGCAAGAUACACAGCACGACAUCUCGUCGCCUGCCCGAUCGACAUCUCAGGGAGAGACGUCUUACAAACCAGCGCCUACAGCAAGACGCACCGGUAGCACAGCGUCGAAACGCGGCAAUCUGCGCAAGAAGGUGCUGGUGGGACAGAUUGGCUUGUCGGGGCGCAGGAAGUCGACGACGAGCAGAGAUUCCGAGGAAGAAGCUUCGGACGAAGAACAAGAGGUGAUCGAUGAUGGUAAAACCCCUCAGGGGGCGGGAGCGCCGACGAGGACGACAUCAGAGUCAUCGACUGGACCACGAGUGAUGAUCUCAGAACCAGCGUCGCCGCGUCUCUCGCACAAGCUGAGUCCAGCCUCGAGCUUCCGCACCAUGAGCCGCAUCGACGACAAGGGCAAAUCUAAAGACAAGGCCAAGGAAAAGUACUUCCCGCGUUCCUCGUCGGCGGGUGCAGGAUUGGCCGCGCCAUUCAAACCUUCUUCGAGCAUCAGCAGCAGUCCGAUCCUCAAAGCAACGCGAUUCGGGAAGGAUGCGGACGAGUCGAAAGAGAUGGGUCGAAAUGCGUCGUCCGUGCAGUGGCUCGACAUUGCCGAUUCGUCGCACGAGCGGAAUUCGCGUCAUCGGUCGGGACCGAUCAACGAAGAUGGUGCACAGGCGUUUUCGAAGCGAUCUCGGACGUACAACGGAUCGUCGUCUGGAAAGGAGAUGAGUCGAGAUGCACGAGUGUACAGCCUGGAUGAUGAUGAUUCGGAAGCGGACAGUGAUGAGGAGGAGAGAAGAGGUGGGUUGGGGAUCAGGGAUGGUAUGUCGAAGAUCGGGGCGUUUUUCUCCAACUUUACCGCGCCAAAGGGAGAGGGUAUGGGCAAUCCGGGACCUACGUCCCAUCCGCAUUUGUUCCCGUCCAGAAAGCAUGACAAGGAAGAGCAGCAGGAGAAGGAGGAGAAGGAGAAGGAACAGGCGGUGACGAGUCCGAAACGAUCACCUGUGUCGAGCAGGUCGUUGAGGAGGGAGAUGACGAGGGAUGAGGGAGAAGAGAUGGAGAGUUUGGCUCUGCCGCCUGCGAGUGUGGCGAGUGGGUCGGAGAUGAGGAGGAGCGGAAGGGGAGGUGCAGGGAGUGCUAGUUCAGGCUUGUAA